AUGGCUGAGGUUAGAGGCAAACUAGUUGAUGCAGAGACUCGUUGUGAACAUUGGAACGGUGCAAAUGAUAUAAUUGCAUUAAAAUUAAAAUGUUGUCCAAACUAUUAUUAUCCAUGUGUCCAAUGUCACAAUGAAUUGACUUCUCAUUCAGUACAGAAAUUUGAUGUUGGUGCAAAUCCAGAUUUAAAAUGUAUAUUGUGUGGUCAUUGUGGGAAGGAACUGACUUUUAAGCAAUAUUUAAGCUUCUCAACUCCUUUAAGUUGCCAAUAUUGUAAACAUCCCUUUAAUGAAAAGUGUGAAUUGCAUUAUCAUUAUUAUUUUGAAAACAUACCAUCUAUUGGCAGUGAUUAA